CUUUUUUGAGUGCUUUGCUGUGCGUUGUUGAGUUUUGCUUUCAUUAAACUAUCAUUUUUAUGUAAUUUCUUUGCAGUAUUAUUUAAAAACUAUCGUUGUUUUAACAAUUGUGGACAUUGGUUCUACACAAAGAAAAGGAGUUUCCUUAAUAUGAAAUUAAAAUCUUAGCUCCACUCAAAUGCUUUGAGUAGAGAAAACCUAAAUGAAUUGAGUUAACCUCGCUUAAAUAUAUUCUGUCCAAAUAACCCCACAGAACCUUGCUGAUUGCUGUUAGCAACCAACAAUACACCUUAGCAUAUUAAAUAUCUAUUUUUGUACAGUAUGACAAGUAUGGUGUUUUUGAGGGUUUACUGAUCUCCAGGCAGACAUUCUGAUGGGCUAUCAUGAUGAUUUAAGCAAUACACUCUACUGCAUUAAUUACAAUAGUCCUAUCCUCGACCUAACCAUUAGCUCCACUCUUCUCCACAAUGGUAACCUCCCAGAAAAUCCAACAUGACAGAAACUCCUCUAAAUUAUACAUAACAACAUUAAACACUAGCAAAUCUCCUAUUUGUUUAAUUUUACAUAGGAAUAAAUACAUUAAAAUAUCUCUUCAUUUUAAAAUGAACUCACUCAAAUCAGUCCCAUGCAAAGGAUGAUGGGAAAUUUAAAUACUCUGCCUGUGUAGUCCCAACACAAUAGAAUUAAGUAAAUAUGAUGGACUGUACAAAAUGUUGAGACCAAAUGCUGAAGAAUUGUAUUGUAUUAGCACCACUAAUUGAGCAAGCAGUAAAAAUCACGUUGAGUGAACACCAUCCGUUAGAAGUCUGAAUCCAUUUGAAUAUUUUAUAGCAAUGUGACUGUGUUGAACUUCACUUGGACUUUACGCAAUAUAAUUAUGUUUUCAUCUCAAACAUUAAUGUAUUAAGUUGAUUUUAAGUGUACCAGUUUAGUAUUUUCAGUGGAGCUGCUUUCCCUUUUUUUCUAUACAUAGGUUUACAGUAUAUUCAAUUUUCUCAAACAAAUCAAGUUGGAUUGAACAAUACUUUAAAAUAAAGAAAGCAUAGAAUAACACUGUUAAUUUGCAACUGUCUAUAAAUGUUGUAAUCCUAAUAUUUUUCAUACAUACAACUUGUAAAAAAGUAGUUUAUUCUACAUGGAGAGGGUCCCCUAAUGGGACUGCCAUGUUGGAUGGUUUAACCCUCCCUUUGUCCUUUGAGUAUUUAUAACCAUUAAAAAUGCAUAAAUUCUUAACAACACUUAAAUACCCCCCUUAAUGAAAUCUGUUUUAAUGCUGUCCCAAAGUAUAUUAUAAUAGGGGAGGAAAUUAUAUAUAUCAUUGAAUAUUAAUGGAGUACCAUAACAAAAGCCCCAUUGUACCAUAUCAUAUAAAAUCAUGUUAGUAAACUUAUUUACUGGAGGGACCCAGUGGAGCAGGUGGAGAAGCUAGGGGCUACAUCUGAGAUAAUUUGAAAAAGUUUUAAGUCAAAUUUGUUUCAUAAAAGUACAAAAAACUAUUUAAAGCUGUAAAACACAACCGUGUCACAACCGGUUCUUGCCAUUCAGGUCAACAUUGACCUGUUAAGACAAUGGAGGGAAAAAUUUGUUUACAAAAAUACAAAAAAUAAUUUUCUUUAUUAUUUUGUUUGUUUUGAUGGUCUUGACAAAGUCUCAAGUUUGGUUCCUGUACCAAAAACUAGAACGUUGCUUAAAUGAUGAUGCAUACACGCCCCUAGGUGUCAGUAAGAUGCGAGGUCAAAGGAUCGAUGUAGAGCAACUUCUCAGGCAGUCACAGACUGAACUGCUGUGGAUCCAGAAACAGCUGUCAAUCAUAGCAGCACGAAAUGCCAAUCAUGUCAGGGCCAAAGUCAAGGAGUCAGAGGUCAAUGAGAGGAGGAAAAGGUGUCAGAUUCUUGAGAGGGAAGUAAAGAAAAAUACAUUAACAUGUAAGACUUUGAAGAAUGAGCUUCAGGAUGCUUUGCUGGAGAGCAAACGGCUCAAUCGUGAGCUGCUCAGUCACAUCCUGAAGACCACGCAGUACGAAAAGCAUAUGCGAGAGGCUGCAGACCGGUGGCAGCAGUUGGAAGCAGAUCAUGAGCAGGCCCUGGCUUUCCUCAACUCCAGACAGCAGGAGAUCAACCUUCUGCAAAAGGUACAGGCUGAAGCUGAGAAAGAACGUGAAGAAGUGGUGCAUCUGCUAGAGGUCAAAGUUCAUGACUUGGAGCAGAAAUGCCAGACACAGAUUGAGCAGUGUAAUAUUUUGUCGAAAGAACUGGGGAAAUAUCACCUGGGGUCAGACACUGAGGACACACUCAACAUUGACUCACAGGAGAAAAACUUGGGCAAUGUUUACAACAGCUUGCAGCAGCAGGCAGAAAAAAGUGAUGAGAGAUCUGACAAUUCUCCACUGGUCUCAGAGCUGCCAAUAGUACAGCAACACAACAGAGACAAGGCAGAGAAGCAGUCCAUCAAACCCACCCUCCUGACUCGAAAUCACUCCAGCAGCCCCAUGCAAGCAUCUCUCUCAGAGAUGGAUAAUGAGGUGAGCCCAGCUCCCAGGUCCAAGACAAGAUACACAGGACAGGUCCGCCUCUGCACUUCCCGCUACAGUUAUAAUCCCUAUGAUGGACCUAAUGAGCAUCCUGAAGCAGAGCUCCCUCUUGUGGCAGGGAAGUACUUGUACGUCUACGGGAACAUGGACGAUGAUGGAUUUUAUCAAGGAGAGCUUUUGGAUGGCCAGCGUGGUCUGGUUCCCUCUAAUUUUGUUGAGUUUGUCCAGGACAAGGAAAAGCCAUCUAUAGAGGGGGGAGAGGAGCAGGGUAGGUUGGAGCAUAGCUGUCUGAGCCUGACUACCAUAGAUGGAGGUAUUCCUCUGGACAGCUUUAGCAGUGAUGUUCUUGGGCACUGCAGUAAUGGGACAGGCACUCUGGACGGAGAGGAGCUGAGUGACGACAUUGUGCCUUACCCCAGGAAGAUCAGCCUGAUCAAACAGCUGGCAAGAAGUGUGAUAGUGGCCUGGGAGCCACCUUUGGUAUCUCUCGGCUGGGGAAAUAUCAAUGGGUACAAUAUCUUAGUGGAUGGGGAAGUGCGUUCCUCUGUGCCCUUUGGGGGCAGGACCAAACUUCUUUUGGAGAAGCUAGACCUGAGUGCCUGCACCUACCGUGUAUCGGUACAAAGUGUGACGGACAGGGGGCUCUCCGAUGAAUUACGGUGCACCUUGCUGGUCGGCUGCAAUGUGGUGGUGGCCCCCACCAGCCUGAGAAUGGAUGAUAUAUUGCGGGACUCUGCUGAACUUUCGUGGCUGCCCAGUAACAGUAACUAUGCCCAUGUUGUGUACUUGGAUGGUGUGGAACAUGCUAUGGUGAAGCCGUGCUCUUACAGACUACGUUUUGUGAACCUAAAGGCCGCCACAGUAUACAAGGUAAAGGUGCUGGCCAAACCUCACCAGGUGCCCUGGCACAUGCCACUGGAGCAGAGGGAAAAGAGAGAGGCUGGGGUGGAGUUCUGUACUCAGGCUGCAGGGCCCCCUCAACCCCCUCAGGAAGUGCAGGUCCAGUGUGGUCAAGCCCCAGGGAUCCUCCAGGUCCGUUGGAAGCCCCCUCCUAUGACACCUAUGGGAACCUCCAAUGGUGCAAAUGUCAUUGGCUACGCAGUGUGCACAAAGGGUCAGAGGAUUGCUGAGGUGUUGUAUCCACUGGCAGACUAUGUGGCAGUAGAGUUGAACCAUCUCCAGUGCUUGGAGGCCCGAGAGGUUAUCGUGAGGACUUUAUCAGCACAAGGGGAAUCUCAAGACUCCCACGUCGCCGUCAUUCCAAACCACCUGCUGGUGCCUCUUCCUAAAACUCACCCUCCUCCUCACCAUAUCCAGUCCCCUCUCCCACCUCAGCAGUCCCAACCCUUACCCUCUCAUCCCACACCCUUGCUCCUUUCCCCUCACCCUGGAUCUCAACCGCCCCCCCAUCUCCAACCGCUCCCCGUUUGUCCCAACCAGCCUCCUUCUCACCUACAUCCCCACCGAAUGCCCCAUCCCACGCAGUCCUCUCCUCCUCACAUCCAGCCUUUACCACCACACACCAUCCCUCAACCCCAACCCACCAUCCCAAUGCCCCACCCCCAACUGUCCAUGCCCAUGCCUCAACCCCAGCAGCCCAUGCUCCAUCCCCAGCCAACAAUCCCUAUGCCCCAACCUCACAUUCCCCAGCUGACCCUUCCCCAAUCCCAAAGACCACUAAGUGCCAGAGAGCUGGAAACCAAAGAGCCAGGGCCAGGAAUGCUUCAUCAUGGAGGGGGCCCACCUCAGCCAUGGGAGCCCAGCUGCUCCCCAUCAGGCAUGCCCUCAGGCAUGCCACAUGGACACACCCUGGAUGCCCCACCCUGCCCCAACCGUCGUUCCCCUUCACCUCAAAGAAUCCUCCCCCAGCCAAGGGGUACACUCAUCCCUGACACAGUGGCCAAGGCUAUCGCCAGAGAGGCAGCCCAAAGGGUGGCUGCGGAGAGUGGACGGAUGGAGAGGAGAAGCCAGGGUUUUCACUCUCAAAAUUCAGAUGAGGAAGAGGAUGAGGAAAGCUAUCAGGCUCGAAGAAGAGGAGCAUCUAUGGAUGACUUCCUCAGGGGCUCAGAGCUGGGCAGGCAGUCUCAUUACAGUCACAGUGAAGAGUACCAGACAGAAAGCAGUCGAGGCUCUGACCUGUCAGACAUCAUGGAAGAGGAUGAGGAGGAGUUAUAUUCAGAAAUGCAUGAAGAAGGCAGGCGACGGAACUCCCACAAUGCACUCAAGACUGGAGGAGGCACUCAAUCUUCGAGUCAGCUGGAUCGGGACUCAUAUCGGAAGCAAAGAGGCCCUCAGCGUCAGCCCCUCACGGUUCCGUCCAUUGGUCAGUGCUUUCCCAAUGGCUACCGGGACCGAAGCCAGCGUUCUCCUCCUUACUACGAAGAGUCUGAGAAGGAGGAUCCGUUCCGAAUCUUUGUGGCCCUGUUCGACUAUGACCCUCUUUCCAUGUCACCUAACCCUGAUGCUGCUGAUGAGGAGCUCCCUUUUAAAGAGGGACAGAUAAUCAAGGUGUAUGGGGAUAAGGAUAAUGAUGGCUUUUAUCACGGGGAGAUCCGGGGCAGGUCAGGACUUAUUCCCUGUAACAUGGUGUCAGAGAUCUGUGCGGAGGAUGAUGAGACCAUGGAGCAGCUCAUGAAACAGGGAUUUCUCCCUCUCAACACUCCUGUGGACAGAAUAGAACAAAAUAGGAGAGGUCGCCACCCAGUGGCCACUGGAAGAAUGGUUGCAUUAUAUGACUACGACCCCAGAGAGAGCUCCCCAAAUGUGGAUGUUGAGGCUGAAUUGACGUUUUGUGCUGGUGACAUCAUUGCAGUUUUUGGGGAUAUUGAUGAAGACGGGUUCUAUUAUGGUGAGCUUAACGGACAUCGGGGCUUGGUUCCAUCUAACUUUCUAGAAGAAGUGCCUGAUGAUGUGGAGGUCUACCUGACGGACACUCCAUCCCACCAUGGUCAGGACGAGUCAACUCCGGCACUGGUGCCGCGCCCAGAGGCCAAACGGGUGCCUGUGGAAACUACGGUCCCAGCUCCGGCCCCUGGAAGACCAGCCUCUCCCACUGUGCGUCCUUUGCUUCCCAUUGGUCCAAUGAGGUCAUUGAGCCCUGCCAGGGGUCCACGAGAUUUGGCCUCUAAAAAGAAAAAAGGACUGCUCUCUAAAGGGAAGAAACUGCUCAAAAAGUUCUCAAAGUAAAUGUAUGAAUUUGAUUUCAAAUUAAGCAUACAGAAGCAUUUCUCUCUUAAAAAGGAAAAUCUAGAUUUUUAUGUUGUUAUUGAAACCUAGAGUUAAUUUUUCUUACACACAAAAAAGAAAAACAUCUCUAUGGCUUUCUUGUUAACAUGCCACGUACACAAAAUGAAAUAGAAGUAAUAGAGAGAUACUUAAAUAUGCCACUCAUAUGUCAAUGAGUUUUGUCAGAAUGAAGGCAUCUAUCCAUACUGUGAUGUAGAGGACAAAAAUAUGUUAAUAAUUAAUUAAUUAUUUCCAUUGUUAUUUCAUUAUUUCAAUAUAUCAAAUAAAAGUGCUGGAUUUUAAACAAAAAUAUUUAAUCUCAUAGAUGUUCACAUAUUAUAUAAUGUAGCAGCAGCCGCUUGGUGAAAAAAAAAAAAAAAGCACUUAAAAUAUGGCCUGACAUUAUAAAUAAUAUAGCAGUAAACGAUUGCUAUAAACCUCAUGACCAUAUUAAGUGCAUUAGUCCGGUACACAAAAGGACAACAGUCAAAUCACUUGGUUGAAUUCUAAUACAUUUUCAUUUAAAAUAGUUUUUCGAAAGGUGGUCAAGGCAUAAGGUGAGACUGAUCAGGACAGUCUAUGAGCAAAUCCUUUUAUACAUUGCUGUGGCCUUCAUCUAAACUCAGUAUGAUGUAUUACCUUCAUCUGAUGUCUCCACACAUCAGUCUUUGCCAAGUAUUUACCCUUUUGCUUGCUCGAAGAUCAACUUUUUCUGUGUUCAUCAUGAGAAUUACUCUGAAGUUAUAAAAAUACAAUGGAAACUUUAUGUUUGCCUUUCAAAUGCACAAUCGGUGUGUGUUCUUGGUGAAUGACGUGUGUUUCAGUGGGUGUGUGUCCACUUUGCAUCCAUGUUUGUGCAAACCUUAAACUGAAAUGGACAAAUGAUGUUAUGACUUGUGUGAUCAUGUGAUGUGCUACUAAUUACACAGUGUUUCCUGUUCCUUUCUGAAGUUAUUAAGGGUGGUGUCAUCAUCUCAAGAAGAAAUAUUUAAGCAAAGAUGGUGUCUUGGUGUCUACUCAGAUUCCACUGGUUUACAUGCAUUUCAUUGGGGGCUGGUUAUGAGAACAUAAUUCAUAGGCCUAAAAGAUGUUUCCUUGCUGCUGUUAUCAUUGGCUGUUUUUCCUGAAGACUUUGCUUGCUUAGGUAGACACAAACUCCAUGUAAUAGUCCCUUUGCUAUUGGGCCAGAGGACCUCACAGUUAAUAUUCUCAGCUACCAAUAUACAGGUUGAAUAAUACCCUCAGGCAAAACUACCUAUAAUGGCUCAGUUGUCUCAAGCUAUAAUCUAGUAGUUUACAUUAAGGGCAAAAUCUCUUGCAUUAACACUAAACAUCUUGCCCCGCAUCUCAAAAUGCGAUUGCAAGGUUGGGCCAACAUCUUUGUGGUGGCAUCUCAUGAUAAUGUGGCCAGUUAGUUUUAGGUUGCAUUCUUGAAUGGUUUAAUCCAGGGUAAAAACUGUGUGUACAGUUUGUUUUUGUUUUGCCUUUUUAUUUGUUUGUUCUUAAAAAAAAACUAAAAAAAAAACUAAAAAAAAAAAACUAAAAG